CUUAUUUGAAAUUUUAAAAUAUUCAUGGUCUUUAUUUCCACGGUAUGGCGAAAAACAUUGGCACGAUGGUUUCCCUAUUACCCGGAAGGUUAGUCAUAGAAAUCUUGAUCCUCGUUAUAUUAAUAUCCUCAAGUCUCGGAUCGCCACUCAAUAAUGACAAUACAGACGAUAGUUAUCAAUAUGAUACUUCCAUCCAGGAGGAAGGGAUCCACCUGACACAAACCUCACCAAGCUAUGAAAUACGAACCAAUCGGAAAUCACGACAGCAGAACUAUCCCUUCAUCAUUUAUGGUGGAUGCUCGCCGUAUGGAUUGCAUGGCGGAUACAAUCCCAACCGUCAGAGUACAGACAAAUCAGACGAAGUAGUGUUUCUCCCAGGAACCGGGCAGGCAGGUUUGGGAUUGUAAUUCGUACUUUCACGAUUGUCAGAGGAAUUCAUUGUGUGAGAAUGAGAUUUUGCAAUGUGUUUCUAAAAUGAAUCAUGAUCUAACAUGUUACAUUGGAGUUAUUAACAAAUACAAAGGCACAACUCGAAUAUUUGGAGCUGGUGGUUGGUACAGAUAAUUUUGUUUAAAAUAUUGAUAUUUUA